AACGUGGUAUUUAUAGUUUUGCGGUCAAUGGUCACACCAUAUUCAAACCCAACGCACCUAGCUUUGUUUAUUUUUUGUUUGUUUAAUAAAUAAAAACUAUACCUUUCUGUUGAACCAUCGAGGUGAAAAUGUGCAUUUUUAAAGUAACAGUAUUUAAAUUAAAUUAGAAAGAGCACCUGGCUCUCCUGUGGCGCUGUGCAGUGGUCGCAUUGCGCGUGUGUGUAUGUGGAGGGCAAGCAACAGGUUUUAUUCAGUUUUUAUCAGCGAGGCUCGGCCUCCUUCGCGUCAUUUGUUUCUGAGUUUCUGGCGUGUUCGGUUCGCGUCGACGCUUCUGCUCCGUGUGCUUUUCCAGCGGGAAAAUCAACUAUCCAUCGGAUGCGAAUAUAAACGGCAAAUAAACGCAAUAUAAGCCACUGCUCUCGCCACCCAGCAUCCAUCCAACAGGUGUGCAUCAUCUAUCCAACGUGUUUUUCGAUCCAAUCGGCGGCAAUAACAAGUCCAGACUUGGCCAUAUUAUCACGGUUAUUAAGUGCCACCGCAUCUCAGUGCCAGUGCCAGUGCCAGUGCCCGUGUGUGUGUGUUGUGUGUGUGCUGUUUGAGAAACGCGUUUUGCAGUUUUCAUCGCCUCUGGAAACCGAAAACCGCCAUAAAAAUGGAAAGUGGUGCCCGGCACUCGUACUGAUACUGCCUGCCUGCCUGGGUUGGCCUGCCAAUAACGAUCUUCAUCAUCAUCAUCAUUGAUCCCUCACGUCUCGCGUCUGGCCAAAUAAAUAAACAAACUGGAAGAAAAAAGCUCCCUGAUAGAUACUAUAAUGAAGUCCCAAUGAAAAACGAUUAAGAGAAGACGCCUUCAACGCGAAUGCAAUGGCCAGACAAAGCACUGGGCUGUAGAACGCUGAAAACAAACAAAAGAUAUCCAACAAGAUACCCGUUUCUAAAAUGCCAAUAAUCACGGCCACGACAACGGCAUCGGCCGGCGGAGGAGCAGGUGUGGCUGUCAGGGGCGUAACCGCAUCCAAGUCUCCCACGGAUUACCUAAUGCUCCAGCAACAGCAGCAGCACCAGCAACAGCAGUCGCACUUCAGCAACCACUUCUAUCAACAAACACCACAGCAGCAGCAGCAGCAACAGCAACAGCAGUUGGCGCCUCUGAACACUUCCCACCAACAUCAACAUCAACAUCAGCACUCACAUCCACAUCCACAUCCACAUCCUGCUGCUACUCCGACCAGUUUUGCAACAUUUAACGGAAACUCAAAUCUAAAUUCUAGCCUUGCCAACGGAAGCGGCAGAAAAUUCAAUUCCAGCCGCGACAACGUGGACGAUAAUGGCGAUGGCAACGAUGUGGACGACAUAGCUGGAUCCGUCUCUGGCUCCGCAGAUGUGGUUGGCAAUGGGAAUGGCGAAAAGACUGCCGGUCUAGCGCCACCACCCGGCAUCCACCAUCAUUCGCGCCCGCCGCCACCGCCGGCAAUCAAGAAGUCGUCCCAGCCAGCUGGGACAGCCGCCGCCUCCCGCGAGGAUGUGACCUCGCUGAGUGGCACUUCCUCGCUAAACAGUCAGAUGUCGGUGCGUAAUCAGUUUGUGUCCGGACUGCCGAGCAAUGGAACACCCGUCGGAGAAGUCAACGGCAGUGGAGGACCAGUCGCUGGUAGAGGAGGUGCUCCCAACAGCAUCCUCAAAGGCAGCAAGGAGAACCUCCUGCAGAAUAACUACUUCAAUGGCGACGAGAGCCUGGGCAGCGAGUGCGGAGCUGGCGAGGGCCAGCCGCAGGAGCCGCCUUUUGUCAACCACGAGGACCCGGGAGACGGCCUUGGACCCUUGCCACCCAAGUGGGAGACGGCAUACACGGAGCGGGGCGAACUCUACUUCAUCGACCAUAACACGGGAACGUCCCACUGGCUGGAUCCCAGGCUGUCCAAGUACCAGAAAAAGUCACUCGAGGACUGCUGCGAGGAUGAGCUGCCGUAUGGCUGGGAAAAGAUCGAGGACUCCAUGUACGGAAUGUAUUUCAUCGACCAUGUUAACCGGAGGACGCAGUACGAGAACCCAGUGCUGGAGGCUAAGCGACGAGCAGCGGAGCAGCGCCAACAGCAACAGCAGCAGCAGCAGAUCCAGCAAGAGCAGCGCUCCAAGACGCCGACUGUGCCACCACCAGUGCUGCCAUCGGAGUCGGCUGCAGAACGGCAGGAGGAGGAGGCGCCCACCACCAAGCUUCCGUACAAGUUCACCCGGAAUCCGGCAGAUCUGCAGGGCCAACGCAUCAACACAACAUUGUUGAAGUCUUCCCGUGGUCUGGGCUUCACCAUUGUGGGCAGUGAUGGAAGCACCGGCGGGGACGUGGAGGAGUUCCUCCAAAUCAAAACCGUAGUGCCGAACGGUCCGGCCUGGCUGGACGGUCAGCUCCAGACGGGAGACGUACUGGUAUACGUGAAUGACACCUGCGUGCUGGGCUAUACGCACCUCGACAUGGUCAACAUCUUCCAGUCGAUUCUGCCCGGCGAGCGGGCGAUCCUGGAGGUGUGUCGCGGCUACCCGUUGCCGUUCGACCCCAACGAUCCGAACAACGAAGUGGUGACCACAAUGGCGGUGGAUGGUCGCGAUUCGGACAAGCAGCGUCGCCUCAACAUGGAUGGGAAUUACAACUUCCUGGACUUGUCCGGCGAGGGAGGGAACAGCGCGGGCGCUACUGCCAAUGGAAGUGGCUUCAUUCUGAUGAAGAAGCCCGAACUGUGCACCUUUUCGAUCAUGAAGGGCUCCAUGGGAUUUGGGUUUACCAUUGCGGACUCGGCGUGUGGGCAGAUCGUGAAGAAGAUCCUCGACCGCAACUGCUGCACUCAGUUGAUGGAAGGCGACGUCCUCCUGGAGAUCAACGGCAUAAAUGUGCGCAACAAGCCGCACUUCUACGUGGUGGAGUUGCUCAAGGAAUGCAGUCUAACAACGCCCACGGUCGUAAAGAUUCAGCGCACCCCGCCAGACCAGCCCGCCCAGAUCGGACAGGUGGGAAACGUGGCCAAGCUGCGUAAGAACUUUGUGGGCAGCGGUCUGUUCCGGAGCAAGACGCCCACGGCGGAUCUGUACAGUACGCAGGUGAAGGAGGUGCUACCCAUGCGGCCGAAGACUCCGCUGGUGGACACCAGGCGGGCGCGGGUCCAGACGCCUAGCAACGAGCUGGACGGCGAAGUCGGAGCUGGGAUCGGCACUGGAGCCAACGACUUGGAAGCUCGCAAACCGAUUCAGUUCCAGACCCAAGGAAAGUCAAACAACAGUCUGCCGGAACUGGACGAUGUUCCCUACAUGGAUCCGUAUCCCAAGAUGGUCAGUCGGUUGAAUGAACGCCUGGCGGAGGCGACUCUCCAGGGGGAUUCGGGUGGUAUAUACGGCCUGCCACCCAGUAUGCAGCCCCUGCCGAUGGCUCACCACGAGUCCUGCUACUGUUACGAUUGUCAGGCGCAGCGUUACCGCCCCGGAUACUUCAUGCAGGCCCAGCAGGCGGGGAUGGCCGGUGGCGGGCAGGGACAGUACUCGCCUAUGCAGACUGCCCACCUCCAGAACGAGCGCAUACAGCGACGGGUCAACGAGCUGCUCAACGAUCGAAGACGGGUUGGCUUUGCCAAUCUGGAUCCUACGACCCAACAGGUCCACCAACAGCCACAACAGCUCCAGUCGCAGCAGCUGCAGCAUUCGCCCAGUUGGCGGAGCGGAGCCCUGCUGGACGCCUCCGAGGAUGCGGAUCAGUGUGAGCUAACCGAAGUAACGCUGGAGCGGCAGGCGCUGGGCUUCGGCUUUCGUAUAGUCGGCGGCACUGAGGAGGGCUCUCAGGUCACCGUGGGCCACAUUGUGCCGGGUGGUGCUGCGGACCAGGACCACCGCAUAGCCACGGGCGAUGAGAUUCUCAGCAUCGAUGGAAUCAAUGUGCUCAACUCUUCGCAUCAUAAAGUGGUUUCCUUGGUCGGAGAAUCGGCCCUUCGAGGCCAGGUAACCAUGAUCCUGCGACGGCGUCGCUCGCCUCUGUUGCAGCAAGCUACGCUCAGCUCUCAGAUGCGACGGUAUCCCUAUGAUGUGAUUGUCAGCCGACACGAGAACGAGGGCUUUGGCUUUGUUAUAAUUUCUUCAUCCAAUCACUACUAUGGAUCAACGAUAGGUAAACUGAUACCGGCCAGUCCGGCGGAUCGCUGCGGGGAACUGAAGGUGGGCGACCGCAUUAUUGCGGUUAAUCGGAUUGAGAUAGCCGGAAUGUCUCACGGCGACGUGGUUAAUCUCAUCAAGGAGUCGGGCCUGCAUGUGCGUCUAACCAUCGGUUGUCCGCUAAAGGAGGGCGGUCCCAGUCCCGGUGGCAGUAGCGUUGGGCUUGGCAGCCACACCCCGCUCCAGCCAUCGCCUAGUCUUUCCAAGACACCAGUUCCACAGCAACAGCAACAGCAGCAGCAGCAAUCGCAACAAUUAUAUCAGCCACUGCAACAGCAGAAGCUGUAUCAUCAUCACCAGCAAUUGGAAAUGCCAAUGUCGAUGCCCAUGCCCGGAAGUAGUGGCUACUUGGAGCGACCCAGUACCAACAUCGCGGCCACUUUGGCGCUGCACCAGCAGCAGCCACAAUUAUGACUCUGAGACCUACGGAUUCGGCUCUACAAGAGCUUUCUCUAAUGUAAGAUCCGUCGUAGGCAGCUUCAAAUAUUUCAUUGUAAAAUAAGUUUUAACCCCAAAGACUGAAUAUAGAAUGUGAAUCUGUAAUCUGAAUCUUGUAAGUCCGUUUUUAUACAUGUGUGUGUUUAGAUCCCGUCAUUUUUAGAGUAAUAUUAAGUGUAGAACGUAGUUAAGUUACAAUUUAUUUUUUGCCAAUUUUAAAAGUGUUUUAAGUAUAUGUAAGUGAUCUGCGUUAAAUUGUACAAAAUGUAAAGGACUUCAAUAUUUUAUUAAUUGUAUGUCAACCAGUAAGUUGUAUUUUUCAAAUAUACACCCAUCAUUUAUAACCAUA